GUAGUCCUUUUGUGUAAGUGCCUGGCAAGGGUAACGUGGGACUGUGCCUGGGAGCACAGCUGCGACUCUGCUGGGGAGGAAGCAGGGCCAGGGCAGCUCUGUCCUCCCCGAUCCUCCCCUGGGGCUUCUUCAGCCGUGGGGACACGCACCCCGAGGGCCUCUGUUGGCCUGACCCUGCUGCAGGGGCUCUCUUUCCCCACUGACAGUGGAGAUGGCCAGUUUUUUGAGCUCCUUUCUGCCCAGCUGCCUCCCCUCCCUCCUCUUCCUCCUCCAGCUGUCUUCCAGCUCUGCAGGACAGUUCAGAGUAAUGGGACCAGGGCAGCCCAUCCGGGUGCUGGUGGGGGAUGAAGCGGAAUUGCCCUGUCGCAUAUCUCCAGGAAAGAACGCUACAGGCAUGGAGGUGGGAUGGUACCGACCCCCCUUCUCCAGGGUGGUUCAUCUCUACCGAAAUGGCAAGGACCAAGAUGAAGAGCAGGCACCUGAAUACCGGGGCCGCACGGAGCUGCUGAAAGAGACUAUUGGGGAGGGAAAGGUGACCCUCAGGAUCCGGAAUGUAAGGUUCUCAGAUGAAGGAGGUUUCACCUGCUUCUUCCGAGAUCAUUCUUACCAAGAGGAGGCAGCAAUAGAAUUGAAAGUGGAAGAUCCCUUCUACUGGAUCAACCCUGGAGUGCUGGCGCUCAUCGCGGUUCUGCCUGUGCUCCUCCUGCAGAUCACUGUGGGCCUUGCCUUCCUCUGCCUGCAGCGCAGACUCAGAGGAAAACUUCCAGCAGAGAUGGAGAAUCUCCACCGGACUUUUGAUCCCCACUUCCUGAGGGUGCCCUGCUGGAAGAUAACCCUGUUUGUAAUCGUGCCAUUUCUCGGACCCCUGGUGGCCUUGAUCAUCUGCUACAACUGGCUACACGGACGACUAGCAGGUGCAGUGCUGGGGCGGCAAACAGGACCACUGGGCAGCAGGGGAUCAAGCCAGCCCUGAGUGGGAAACAUAAAGAGGGUGGAUGGAACCAGGGCUCAAGAUUCAGAGCUGGAAUUUCCUUCCUGCUCUGUCCACAUGGCCAACUCCAGGCUCCUCAGAGAAUCCAUAAAGAGAGCCACUUACUGAGAUCUGUGGGGUCCCUUAGUGGAAAGGGAGGGGGGGGGGACUAUGAAUUCUACAGGGAGGAUGUGGGAGGAGUUAGUCAUCUUCCACUCAUUACCUAUUUCUCUUU